UCAGAUGGACCUUCAGCAGCAGCAGCAGCAGCAGCGUCUCACCUUCAUCAGCUGGACGCCUGCAGGACUUCAAGAGCUGCAGCUGCACAGAGUCUCUGAGGAAGUUUUAAUCUGACGAGCCAGAAGAUCAGCUCUGGACAGCUUGUUGUUUUGUCUCUAAAGGUGUCAUCACCUGGACUUUCUGACAUCUCUUUCCCAUUGCUGGAAAGUUUGAGAGCGGACAUAAUUUGUGUUUAUCUUUCCGUGUAGGACAGACACGGCUGUGGGAAAGUGAAAACCAUGUUCUUGUCCAGGAGAGUCCUGCAGCAGUGGUGCCUCGCUGUGUUCCUGCUCUGCUCCCCGGUGCCACACCACGGACGGCCGCUCGAUGCCCUGAGCAGCAGAAUGAAACGAUCGGUGACUCACACUCAGCUGAUGCAUGACAAAAGCCGGACGCUGCAGGAUUUCAGGCGUCGCAUGUGGCUGCAGGAGCUCCUGGAUGUCGUCCACACGGCCGAGAUCCGUGACCCCCCGGUUCGGACCACCGGGACAGGCGGCAGCAGCAGCGGCGCCGGCAUCGGGCUGCCGGGGGUCGGGCUGAGCAUCCACCUCAGCACCACCGGCAGCACCCUGCACUCCAAACCCCCCGGAGGAACCAAAAACCUGCCCAUCAGCUUCCAGGUGGACGAGGAGGAGGGCACCAACCUGCCGCAGGAGACCAACAAGUCACAGACGUACAAAGAUGGCGUCCUGAAGGUGCCCGGCAAGAGGAAGAAAAAAGGGAGGUCUGGGAAGAAGAGGGAAGGGGAGAAGAGGAAGAGGAGGGCACGCUCGUUGGCAUGGAGACUGGAAGAUGAAGCUGGGAGCGGACUCCACCUGGAGUGGAGGUCCCUGCUUGGCCUGCAGAGGCCGAAGCAUUGAAACGCCGUCAGUCUCUGACGAAGAAACCUUCGGACAGUUGUGGUGGACUCCUAAAUACUCACGAUGCAGCCAUUUGUAAUUGUGAUUGUUUGGAAAGAAAUUGGAAAAUAUUUAUUGUGUGUAAAUAUUCUAAAUAUAACAGAAUAGAUUGCAGAAUAUGGUAAAAAAGAAAAAAAAAAAAAGAGAAAAACUUGUUUGUGAAUUCUUGCUUUUUCCUUUUUUAAACUCCAAUUAUGUCUGAUUUUUUUUCUUGCUGUAAUUUAUUUUGUCUGGAUGGUGUAUUUAUUUUGUAAAUGUAUCGAGGUGCUGCUGACCUUCUAUAUUUUUGUACCAUAAUGCACUUUAGAUAUAUAAAUAUAAAUAUAUAUACCAUUGAUUUUGUUCAUGGACUUGUUUUUGUGGUGGACUGAAAUGAAGAAAAGACGGCUCUUCAUCUUGUUCUCGGGAUGUUUUUCUGCCUUCGUUGAAGCCAUUGUUGUCUUGGAUCCUCCUGAUGCCUCUAGUGUCCGUUUGCUCCACGACCUGCUCAGCUUCUCAAUGCCAAAGUUCAGAUAUGUACAUAAACCAAACACAGCUCCACACCAUUGUUUUUGGCACUUGCACUGAAACACUCUGUACUGAAU